UUGAUCUUAACGGAGGAUAUGACCGAGAUAUGGAUGCGUUGGAAUCAUAAUAAAUCGGCAAUAUGUAGCGAAUUCUACGGGCGACUAUUGAUCUUACACCUUACUUACACUUACAAUAUGCGCAACAUGCGUAUCUACGUUCCGGGUGGCUGCAGCUAGUUGUGUCAGACUGUCUCCGGUAUUGAUACAAUGCUUGCUUCACUUGAUGAUGCCUUGCAGAAUUCGUUGAGAAAUCCUUCCCCCCCUUUCCUUACAUAAUGAUAUACAGUAUCUCCUGGCAGCAGACUAUCGAGUAGGUAACUAUUACGGGGGAGGGGAUGGGAGGCAAUUCGAGAAAAGCUGCCAAGUCAAUGAAUGUGAUGAACUGCAGAAACAAAGCGCCAUUACCUUUUCGUUAUUGCUGAUCAUUUCCCAAACUUGGCGGUGGCCUUAUGGAUCAAGACUACGAGAAGUUCGAUGGGCAAACCAGCGGGGUCUUUUUUUUUUUUUUUCUCCUUCUCCUACUCCCUCCUCUUGCGCUUUGACAGAUUUACAUGCUCGGGAUUUUUAGCAAUUGGGCCCUUAUCGAAUAAUAUUGUUCUCGUGAUGGGUUGGAUCGAGUUUAGUAGCUUUUCGAAUUUCAUGCCUACAUACCGACCUACAUACAUACAUGAAUGAGCAGCUAGUAUUCACCGUAUGUAUGUAGGUGCAUUCCAUGC